UAUUUAUUACAUUAUUAGGUUAUCAAUACAACAUAACUUUGUUAAAUUUUAUAUAUGAAGAAGAUUUUGAUAAAUGAUGUAAAUGAUUAAUUAAUUAAAUUAUUAACAUAAUAUAUGAUAAAAAUUAUGUAGAUAAAAUGGUUGCAAAUACAGCUGAUGUGACUGGAUCCAUAUAUCAUGAAAGACAAGUAAAAGAGCUUUGUGCAUUACAUGCAUUAAAUAAUUUAUUUCAAGAAAGACGAUUUAGUAAACAAGAAUUAGAUCAAAUUUGUUACAGCUUAAGUCCAGAUGUUUGGAUUAACCCUCAUAAAUCAUUAUUAGGUCUUGGUAAUUAUGAUAUUAAUGUUAUUAUGGCAGCAUUACAACGAAGAGGACAUGAAGCCGUUUGGUUUGAUAAACGCAGGGAUCCCAAAUGUCUAUGUUUAGAUAAUAUUGAAGGUUUUAUAUUAAAUGUACCUACAGAAUAUAAAUUGGGAUUUGUAUUACUUCCUUUGAAAAGACGACACUGGAUUGCCCUGAAGAAAAUUCAUGGUGCCUUUUAUAAUCUUGAUUCAAAACUUGAUUCUCCUCAGCUUAUUGGAAAGGAAAAUGAUUUACUUAGAUAUCUAAAGGACCAAAUAGAUAGUAAGGAAAAGGAAUUAUUUCUUGUUGUAUCAAGAGAAAUAGAUAAUAAUCAAGGAUGGUUAAUAAAUACAUAUGCAAAUAAAGAAGGAAUUAAUGCAAAUCACGAUACUGAUAUCAGGUAUAUUGAAGAUGGAUAUACAGAAAUUGAUUUGAAAAAAGAACCUACAGAAAUGAAUGAAAAUGAAAAAUCAUUACAUGACAAAAAUUCUAGGUAAUUAAAAUUUUCUAAUUUAGUUAAACUAUGUAUCAUUUUCAAUGCUUCAGGCCAAAAUAAAUUAAAAAUUAAAAUGACAA